AUGGCAUUUCAAACACAAAUUCCAUUGCCAGAAAAAUUAGAAUCGAAAAAGCCCGAAGAUUGGAAGCGAUGGAUUGAACGAUUCGAAUGUUAUCGCAUCGCAGCUGGCUUAGACGAAAAAGAUGAUAAAGUACAAAUCAAUACUUUGGUAUAUGCUAUGGGAGGCAAUACCAAUGAUCUUUUAAAAAGCUUUCAAAUAAGCGAAAGAGAUAUGGUGUGCGGAAAUGUUGUAGAACAAUUUGUAUCGCACUUUGUUGGUCGAUCGAACACAAUUUUCGAGCGUGCUUGGUUCAAUAAACGAAUACAGGGUGAAAAAGAAUCAGUCAUCGACUUUGUGGAAGAUUUGUACAAACUGGCGGAAACUUGCCAAUUUGGAACACUAAAAGACGAGUUGAUACAAGACAGACUUGUCGUCGGUAUACAAAAUGCAAACCUUUCACAAAGGCUAAUGCAAGAUGAUAAAUUAACAUUGGAGAAAGCUAUUAGGGAGGUGAAAUCAUCGGAGCUUGUCAAGCACCAUCACGAUAUUCUAAAAGGAGACAGCGAAAAUGGGCUGAUUGGUCGCGUAAGAACAAAUCAACGAAAAGGAAAGUCUACAGUGAAAUUUAAGAUUGAUACGGGCGCUGAUGUGACGGUGAUUCCAGAACCGGUGUUUAUGCAAACAGGCAUAACUCAGGUGCAAUCAACUAAUAAAGAAUUGUUCGGGCCGAAUCAAGCAAAGCUGUCAGUAAAGGGAAAAAUUCGAGCAACAUUGAGAACUGCUACUUCAAAAACAACAGAGCAAGAUAUUUAUAUUGUGAAAAAUUUGAAAGAGCCAUUGUUGGGACGUCCAGCUAUCAAUGCCCUUGAUCUAAUAGUGACAGUCGAAGCGAUUCAGUCAAAUGAUGCAAGUGAUAUGGAAGAAGAAAUAAAGGUUACUUAUCCAAACUUGUUUAAAGGUCUGGGUGAAUUAGACGGAGAAUGCAACAUCAAAUUAAAACCUGGUGCUAUCCCAUUUGCGUUAACCACACCUAGAAGAAUACCUUUAACGAUGACAAAGAAAGUUCGUGAUGAAUUGACGCGCAUGGAAAAACUUGGCGUUAUUUCAAAGGUUAAUAUUCCUACCGAUUGGUGCGCUGGUAUGGUUGUUGUUCCAAAAGCAGAUGGUAAAAUAAGGAUCUGUGUUGAUUUCACAAAGUUAAAUGAGUGGGUCUUGCGAGAAAUUUAUCCACUUCCAAAGAUCGAAAGUCUUUUGGCAGAAAUAAGAGGAUCAAAAUAUUUUUCGAAGCUAGAUUGUAACUCUGGUUUCUGGCAAGAAAAACUAGAACAAAACUCUCGUUUGUUAACUACAUUUAUUACUCCGUUCGGAAGAUUCUGUUUCAACAGAAUGCCUUUCGGUAUUAAAUCUGCACCUGAGCAUUUUCAGAAAAGGAUGAAACAGCUGCUGGAGAAACAAGAUGGUCAAGUAAGCAUAAUUGACGACGUACUUGUUAAUGGAAAGACAAAAAAUGAGCACGACAGUAGACUGAAAGCUGUGCUGAAAAAAUUUGAUAAUGCUGGAAUAACACUAAAUCCUGAGAAGUGUGAGUUUGCUAAGAAGAUGGUAAAGUUUGCAGGUAAUAUAGUGAGUGAAGAUGGAAUUCAAGUAGACCCAGAAAAGAUUGAAGCAGUACAAGGUAUGGAAGUGCCACAAAAUGUGAGUGAUGUGCGAAGAUUUUUGGGAAUGGUUAAUCAAUUGGGAAAAUUCAUUCCAAAUUUGUCUGAAAAAACAAAACCUAUUAGAGAUCUAUUGAGUACAAAGAAUGAAUUUCAGUGGGGAGGUGCUCAACAAAAAGCUUUUGAAGACAUGAAAACUGAAUUAAGUUCUGUACCAGUUUUAGCCUAUUAUGACCCAACGAAGCGAACUGUUUUGGCAGCCGACGCAUCGUCGUACAGUAUAGGAGCAGUUCUUUGGCAAUUAAAUAAGAAAGGAGAAAAGAAACCAGUCGCUUAUGCGUCAAGAUCAAUGACAACUACCGAAGAACGAUAUGCUCAGAUUGAAAAGGAAGCAUUGGCAACAACUUGGGCUUGUGAGAAAUUUAAUGAUUAUAUUUUAGGAAUGGAUUUUGUGAUAGAAACUGAUCAUAAACCCUUGGUUCCUCUGCUUGGCUCGAAGAUAUUAGACCAACUUCCUCCAAGAAUACAGAGAUUCGAGAUGAGGCUGCUGAAAUAUUCGUUUACUAUUCGUCACACACCAGGAAAAGAGUUGGUUGUAGCGGAUGCAUUGUCUCGAGCUCCUAUUAUGAAACAACCUACAAAAUCUGAUAACAAUUUAUCCCAAGAUUUGAACAUUUGUGUUGCACAGAUUGUUCAAAACAUACCAGCUAGUGAGAGAAGGCUAGAAGGAAUUCGCCGACACCAACAAGAAGAUCCAGUUUGUACCAAACUUGUGGAAUUUUGUUCGGAAGGUUGGCCGGAUCGAAAUCGAAUUACUAGUACCUUGUUUCCUUAUUACUUUGAAAGAGCAACAAUUACAAUGCAGAAAGGAAUGUUAAUGAAAGACUCCCGCUUGAUAAUUCCAUCAUCGCUACGUUUAGAUAUUCUAGAAAAGAUUCAUGCUGGCCAUCAAGGCAUCCGUAAGUGUCGUGAAAGAGCAAAAGAAUCUGUUUGGUGGCCUGGACUAAGUAAGCACAUUGAAAACAUGGUUACUGAUUGUUCCAUUUGUUGUAAAUACAGAGAAAAUCAUGCAGAGCCGUUACUAACAACGUGUUUUCCUCAACGACGGUGGCAGAAAGUUGCUACAGACUUGUUUGAACAUAGCGGAAAAAAUUAUGUGCUUGUAGUAGAUUAUUAUUCUAGAUAUUUUCAAAUUGUUCCUUUGAAAAAAAGCACAACUGCAGAAGAUGUUAUUAAUCAUAUGAAAUCCAUAUUUUCUCGUCAUGGUAUACCAGAAACAGUUGUGUCGGAUAAUGGUCCACAUGGUCCUCGCUAUCCUCAAAGUAAUGGAGAAGCAGAAAGAGCUGUAAAAACUGCAAAGAACUUAAUCAUAAAAUCCGAAGAUCCUUAUUCAGGUUUACUUGCAUACAGAUCAUCACCAUUGCAGAACGGGUACUCACCAGCAGAAUUAUUAAUGGGGAGGAAAUUACGUUCUAAUCUACCAGUCAUAUCCGAAAAGCUUACUCCAAAGCUUGCUGAUACGGCAAAAUUGAGAAGAGACGAAGAAAGUUACAAACGACGUCAAGCAGAAAACUUUAAUUGUCGUCACAGAGCUUCAGUCCUUCCAGACUUGAGUCCUGAUGAAAAGGUUUGGGUAAAAGAUAUAAAAUCACCAGCUGUGGUUGUGGGAAAAACCGAUAAACCAAGAUCAUAUAUAGUCAGGACAGAGCAGUCUAUUUUAAGAAGAAAUAGAAAACAUCUUAUCCCUGAUCCUGAAAAUCUGAGGGAAAACAUUGAGUUGAACGAAAGAAAGCUGAGUUUCAGUGAUAAGAAAGAAGUGAACGAAUCUUCAAGUAGUUUGGACAAUGAACAGGAUUCGAAGGUUAUAAGCCGAUAUUUAAAAGAGGUCGUAGAGAAUGGUGAAUAUUUCACAGGCUGGAUUGAUGGAGAGACUAACUUGAACGAGUUUUACAAAAUACGAAGUUGCUGGAUCGACAUCUUUCAAGCUUCGUUCGUCUGCGCUACGAGGUUCGGCAAAGCGAUAUGGAAAUGA